UGCUGGUGCCCCAGAUGCCAUCUCUGGAGAUUCUCAUUUGAUUUGUCAAAGGAUGAGGGCUAGACAUUGUUUUUGUAAAAGCUCCCCUAGAGAUUCUAAGGUGCAGCCAGGAUUGAGAAGCAUUUCCCUAGAACAGAGGUCUCAGGUUUGGCACAUGUUAUAACCACUUGAGGAACUUUGAAAAAAUACUGCUCACUGGGAUUAUGAUUUAAUUGACCCUGGGAUAAGUCUGGGCAUCAGGAUUUCUAAAAGCUUCCAAGAGCAUCUAAUGUGCAGCUCGGGAUGAGAACCAGUGCCCUAGACCAAGUACUUCAUUUCACAGAUGGGAACCUGAAGCCCAGAGAUGGGAAUGUAUUUGUCCAAGGUCACACAGCAAAUGAAUGAAUGCAGAGUAUUCCUUCUCUCACCCUACAGGGCACAAAGCAUCAGACUCCUUGAAUUGUAUCGCUGAUCAUUUGCUUCCAUACAAAUGAUCUUAUUUGACCCUCAUAACUUCUGGUGAGGUAGUGGGCAGUCAUUACCCGCAUCUUACAGCUGAGGAUGUCAAGGAACAAAACUGUCCAGGUGACUUGCCCAAGGUAAAGGCAAGAACCUAGAAUGCCCAGUUCCUGGUCCAGUGCUCUUUUAAUCCCAUCCAUUGUCAUGUACACGUUCUAGAAUGAACAGGUCAAUGCCGUGAGCUGGGUUCCAGGUGUAAAAGGGAGGGACUAUGAGGUGACAUUCUAGAAGGGCGGAGAGGGUAGGACAGAAGGCAGAUACCUGAUCACUCACAAACAGGGGCUUCAGAGCAGCCAUGUCCUAUUUCAUGUCUCCACAAACUCAUCCAGGUCUUCCGCCUUCCGGCCAAGGUGGGGCUGCUUCUCUGGGCUCAUCCCUUGGCCUCUGUAGUCCUGUAGAGCCAGUGGUGGUGGCCUCUGGUGGACAAGGCCCACUGAGCCAGAAAGCUGAGCAGGCGACACCAGUGCCUGAAGUGCCAGAAGCCAGGGGCUGCCCUGGGGGGGCUCGCUGGGAGCCACUGCAGCGGAAGGAGUACAGCCGGAACUGCCACAAAUUCCCCCACGCGAGGCAGCCGGAGCGCCUGGGCUGGGAGGAUGGCUGCUCCAGAAGCAGAGCUCCCUACCUGGGCAGCCCCAGCAGGCCUGGGCCCCUGCUGCUGUGUGGGCUGCCCUCUGAGACAGGAGGGAAGGAGGCUGGGCCCCAGCCCGACAUCUGCAUCCUUACCUUGGCCAUGAUGAUCGCUGGCAUCCCCACCGUGCCUGUCCCAGGCCUACGGGAAGAGGACCUGAUCCGGGCAGCUCAAGCUUUCAUGAUGGCCCAUCUGGAGCCAGCGGGGGCUGUGGAGGGGGCACGGUGGCCCUAGUGAGAUCCCGGAGGGGCCAGCCUCCUGGCUCCUGCUUGUAGCGGGAUGAAAUAGCACCAGACACAUAGGGUGGCUUCUCCGUAUGGUUUUUGGGCAGGCAGGGUUGGUGGGUGUCUAUGGCAGGGAUGCGGAUAGGGUGGUGGUUUGAGCCAUUCUAACAAACACCAGCCCAUCAGGGCCCGGACCCCAGGAAGUUUCCAGAAACCGUUAAGCCAUGCCAUAGGUCUUGUCAGAUUGGUUACAAUAAAAAUUACCAAGGUAGGAGGCCCUGCUUGGAGAGUGGAGGCUUUUUUUUUUUUUUUUUUUUUUUUGUGGUACGCGGGCCUCUCACCGCUGUGGCCUCACCCGUUGCGGAGCACAGGCUCCGGACGCACAGGCCCAGCGGCCAUGGCUCACGGGCCCAGCCGCUCCGCGGCAUGUGGGAUCCUCCCGGACCGGGGCACGAACCCGUGUCCCCUGCAUCGGCAGGCGGACUCUCAACCACUGCGCCACCAGGGAAGCCCUACGGAGACUUCUUUUUGUACUGUUUUGGUACUCGAUCAAAAGUUCUUGUACAAAGCCCUAGGCAAGGUGACUUUUCCUCUUGCCUUUUGUUUCUCACCCUGCUGAGGACAGGUGAUAGGACCACAGGCAAGGAAGGAAAAUUAACUCUUACUUGAGCACCCACUGGGCAUCAGGCCCAUUACAUGCCCACUUAACCUUUAAUCUUACCAGUGCUCUGCGGAUCUCCAUUUUUACAGAUGAACAAAUUGAGGCUUAGAGAGGUGACGUGACUUACGUCACAUAGCUAGUAAAAGGCAGCACCAGCCCUCAAAAAUCAGACAGGGAAGAUACCAGGAUUUGCAUGUAAUGUCAGACUCCAAAGUCUAUUCUUUCCAUAGUAUUUCCUAAACUGCUUUCUACAAGACAAAAAACUAGACAAAUGCUAAAACAGACAACAUUCAACUUUAAUGACCUCAGGAUGGGGCAGGGUGAGGGACAGUGAGGCUGGGAGCCUGGCUGAGCCGCUGCCUCUGGGGGCCUUUUCCUCUGUGGGUGAGGUGUCAGCUCAUGACUGGGGAAGCUGUUACCAAGUCCCGACCCUUGAUCUCCACUCAGUGUCUUAUCCCUUAUCUUACAGCAGGGGUUACCUGUUUUUAUAAAGCCCUUGAGCUAAGAACGGUUUUUACCUUUUGAAAAGGUUGUUAAAAAGGGGAAAAAAAAAAAAAAAACCCACACAACAAAAACAAAGAA